AUGAAGACGCUGACUAAUCAUCAAUACACGUCGAACAGAGGAAAUGGACGGUAUAAUGUAUAUGGAACCGUUCCCCAAAGUGUGCAGAGCUUCCCGGCGUAAGUAUCUUUUCAAAGGCUUCGAGCUUGUCUUGUUGAAUGCUUGUCGCUUAUAACGCUCAAAAUACACGAUGACGCCAAUAAUGGCGGGCUAAACUAUGAAUUGUAGCUCUUGGCACAGCUUGAAGCAUAACACAAAGAAGAUAGAUCCUUACAAAGUAGAUGCCCACAAGAAAAGCGGGAUUAUCUUCAAGAUCGAACCGAUCAUCAACAGGCGAUCGGUCUCGUUUUCCGUACCUCAUGUUGGUCUCCAAAAUUCAAUGAGGGCAUAUAUGCCAACAUACGCGCCUCAGCGGCCCCUGGUGACUUAUAUUAUGCCCCAGGGAACUACAAGGGCCAACUUUAUCCCCCAAAGAGUAAUGCGAACUUACUUACCGGUUCCAAAUUAUCGGAAGACCGGCUACCAAAGCAUGGUGAGCCCAAAUGUCAGGGCAGAGAGGAAUGCGCAUAUUCCGAUGAUCAAACGGGCGGCUUACACUCCGAAAAACAUCAAUUACCCAGUAAAAUACUGGGACAGCACAGUAAAAACGGUGAUAAUGUCACGUCGACCCCGAUGCGUUCAAGUAAAUUGUAUGGUCUACACAGUAGACCUGCCGAAGAACGGAAAAGUAACCUUCCGCUUUUAACUCACUGCUUAACCAGUAUAUUGUGAAUCCUAUUACUUACGGCUACUUUCUCACUUACUGCUACUGCCAAUUUGCUUGUAAGGCACUUCAGCUCCUCUGCAAGUAGGUCCCCGCUCCGCGCGCUGCUCAAAUUGUAAUGAUUUACUUUUAGAAGUCUCCUGCGCCGCGCCCAAAUCCCACUCCCGUCCAGUCAACCCAUCCGAGCUGCGCCUUGCUCGCCGGAAUGGGAACAGGAACUCUGGCCCUCUCCCAACGCAAAACCUAUUCCACAAUGCGAUUAGGAAGCUAAAUUAUUACCGCUAAUAUUGUAAUAGUAAUGUAUAGAAGUAAAAUAUUGGGAAAAUAAUGUACUAGGAUACAAAACGUUGCAGUGGAAAUGCAUAAGGAUCCAAAAGCUGUCAUGGAUUGACUUUUAGUCAAAAGUAUUACCUGAAACGACGUAUAGACUUCCGUUUCUCUAUAAAAUUCGUUUUAGAGAAGAGCCGAACUAUUUCACGGCUUAUCACCAUCCCAUUUCCACUGCUUCUGCCGACGGAUACCCCGGAAUGAACGAGCAAUGGAAUCAAGAAUCUCCUUUUAUGUUCUACGGCGGUCCAAGGACCCCGGCUGCUCAGAUGGCCAGAACCCAAAAUUAUGGCCCAGUGGCUCAAGCUAGACAGAAAACGCAAUUCAACAAUUUCAUGACCAAUGCAAAUCCCCAAAUAAGCCCUCGAAACGGCAACAAUUUAGUGGUGAAUAACGGUCAAACUUUCGACAUCAACGGCAAAAAAUAUAAAGUCAUUGUCACUCCAAAAAUGAGCGAUAACAAGGCAACUGUUCCUUGCUGUGGAAGCAUGAGCAUGCCAAUGUCCUCGCCGAUGAAUUUGAAUGCAGAUAAUGGAAUGGGAAAGGGGUUUGAUUAUAUCCCAAAGCUUUUUUCCAAGCCAAUCACGUUCAAUAUCCCCAUGAACGCGUUGUUCGGGAAAAAUAAUGGCGGAAGCAGCAAGAUGACCUACACUUACAAUGUAAAUAGUAACUGCAACAACGGAAAUAACUGUCAGAUGGAUAGUGGAGAGUUCGGCAGGAGAUAUGUCCAUCGAAAUUACCCAAGUGGCUUUGAUUCAAUGGCGGGGGCAAUUGGAAUGAGACAGAUGACAUAG